AGAAGAAGGAGGAGGAGGAGGAGUUCCCCCUGUGAGUGCCGAAGCCCUCUACUCUGCAUUCCGGCGGAGCGCACAGGCACACACCGGCCGCACCGAGUCCCGGGCCGAAAGACUUGUUGUAAAAACUCAAAGUGACAAACGGGAGGAAAAAAGUUGCUCCGCGAGCGUUUUCUAUAGUUAUUCCCGACUUCCUGUUGGCGUUGUUUCUUCUUUUACGGUUGUGGAAUGGUUUACGUUUCUUCUGAGAGCUGUGUAAACUGUGAGAAAAGGUUGUUUAUGUCCUCUUAUUAAGGUACAAGCCUUAAAAUACCCCCAUCGCUGUAACUCCAAACUGCCGGUGCACCAUGGUGAUCAUGACAGAGAGCAGCCGGGGCGCUCAGUCCAGCCCUGCCCAGGGAAGACCCCUGCAGGUCGGCUUCUACGAGAUCAUCCGCACCCUGGGGAAGGGAAACUUUGCGGUGGUGAAGCUGGCCAAACAUAAAGUCACCAAAACACAGGUGGCUAUUAAGAUUAUCGACAAGACCAGACUGAACCCCUCCAACCUGGAGAAAAUUUACAGAGAGGUGCAGAUUAUGAAGCUGCUAAACCACCCCCAUAUCAUCAAACUCUACCAGGUCAUGGAGACCAAAGACAUGCUGUAUAUUGUGACAGAGUAUGCAAAGAACGGAGAAAUGUUUGACCACCUGACCUCAAAUGGCCGCAUGAGUGAAGAUGAGGCACGGAAGAAGUUUUGGCAGAUUCUGACAGCCGUGGACUACUGCCACAGACACCACAUCGUUCACCGUGACUUAAAAACCGAGAACCUGUUGCUGGAUGCCAAUAUGAACAUCAAACUGGCUGACUUUGGAUUCGGAAACUUCUACAAUGCAGGGGAGCCUCUGUCUACAUGGUGUGGCAGCCCGCCUUACGCUGCCCCUGAAGUGUUUGAAGGGAAAGAGUAUGAGGGGCCUCAGCUGGACAUUUGGAGCCUUGGUGUGGUGCUUUAUGUCCUCGUCUGCGGCUCUCUUCCAUUUGAUGGACCCAGUCUUCCUGCACUCAGACAGAGAGUCACAGAGGGACGAUUUAGAAUCCCUUUCUUCAUGUCUCAAGACUGUGAAAACCUGAUCCGUAAGAUGCUGGUGGUGGACCCAGCCAGGAGGAUCAGCGUGGCCCAGAUCAAGCAGCACCGCUGGAUGCUGGCGGACCCGACAGCCGCCCACCAGACCCUCAGCCACUCCCUGACAGAGUACAACUCCAACCUGGGGGACUACAGUGAACCAGUGCUGGGCAUCAUGAACACACUGGGCAUCGACCGCCAGAAGACUAUCGAGUCUCUACAGAGCAGCAGCUACAAUCACUUCUCUGCUAUCUACUACCUGCUGCUGGAGAGAGUCAGAGAGCAUCGCACUCAGCAGCUGAGCCGCCAGUGUGGGACCUGGAGCCAGAGACCCAGGAGCACCUCCGACUCCACCGGCCCAGAGGUGAUCAUGGAGUCAGCUGACAGCUUCAGAAGCACAGCAUUUUCACUUCCAGCCAAAAGCACUCCUCCAGUGUACCCGGAAAUGGAGUUUGACCAAGGUGGAUUGUUUCAGCGUGUGGUGUUUCCAGUGGAGGCCAGCCUGAACAGACUGCUCUGGAACCGCUCCAUUUCACCCAACAGCCUGCUGGAGACGAGCAUCAGCGAAGAGGUGCGACCCAGAGACCUGGAGGAGGAGGAGGCAACACAAUCUCUCGGGCCUCUGCUCCCCCCCACCACCACGUCCCGCAGACACACUCUGGCUGAGGUGUCGGCCCGUUUCCACCAGUGCAACCCUCCAUGUAUUGUGGUCAGUCCCUCAGAUGGUGCCUCGUCUGACAGCUGUCUGAAAUCCUCAUCCAGUCCAGCCCCAGCUCUGCAGGCUGCUAUGGGUGACAUGUCAACACUGCUGGCCUCUGGGGCUGAAAGCGGAGCUCUGCUGCCGGCCGGAGUUCCCCUGACCCUCUCCUCCCACCUCCUGCCUCAGGCCCAGGGCAGCCUGCCUGCUGCUAGCUUCCAAGAGGGUCGCAGAGCGUCUGACACCUCCCUCACACAAGGCCUCAAAGCUUUCCGUCAGCAGCUGAGGAAAAACACACGCACUAAAGGGCUUCUGGGAUUAAAUAAGAUCAAGGGUCUGACGAGGCAGGUUGUUCCCCCACCCUCCUGUAACCGCGGCAGCCGGGGGUCACUGGGUCCAACUCUCUCUGAGCACCGCAGCAUGCUGGAGGAGGUGCUGCACCAGCAAAGGAUGCUUCAGAUCCAGCACCAACCCCAGCCUCAGGUCCAAGCCUCUCAAACUGGACCUCCCCAGAAUCCCCUGCUCUUUCUGGCCCAGCAGCAGUCACCCUCUCCUCCACCUACUACCGUGUUUGCUUCCUCCUCCAUGUUUGACACCCCCGCCCCCUCUGCCCUUUCUUCUCAGCAAGCUUCAGUGGGUCUACAGCACGGCCCCUGGAAACAAACCCUGGAGACUUCCUCCUCUGGCUGCUCCUCAUCCUCCUCAUCCUGCUACUCUUCCUCUAUGUCCCCCGUGGCCUCCGCUGCUUACCUUCUCGAGGCUCGUCUGCACAUCAGCCAGCAAACCCACCCUCACCCCCACAUCGGCCUCCAGCAGCAACCCCAGUCUGCAACACAUGGCACCUUCCCUGUCAUGUCGAAGCCAGCGAUGUGGAACAUGGGCUCGGCCUCCAGCACAGGCCCUGACAUGCAGGAGCUGGGUCUGGCCGCACAGCAGCAGCAGCUCAGUAGCUGUGUGAUGGUGAAAUAAAACAUCAAGGCCAGCGAUUAUUCUCUCUGUGGAAGAAAAAAAAAUCCUCUCUUGAUGUUGAGCCGAGAAGAAAACAGAGCUGGAGUGAGGAGAACGAACAAAAAGCAGAUGCAAGCGACAAACAGACACUUUAUUUAACAACAUGCGGUACACAUGUGAGAAUGUGUCCACAGGUGUAUGUUGUGUUUGAUAUCAUAUAAGCUAAAGACUAAGCAAUAACCAAACUCUGGACAAGGCGUUAAACUCUUAUCUGAAAGCCAGAGAAGCAAUAAUAGACUGAAAGACUCAUUCAGCUCCCUGAUGGACUCACUUGAAUGAAAUGAGAGCUGACACUAGCCGAUACAGUUAUCUCUCACGUGUUUCGAUGCUGUCUCAGUUAACUUUUUGAUUAUACUGAACAGAGGAAGGCUCUGGCUUCCUCAUUCUUUUUUUAGACACUUUUUGUGUCAUUUCCUGUUCUCAAUGUUUUCCACUUGACUGGACAGAAGACCAAAAUUCUCUCUUUUUUUUCCCACUUUGUUCGCCUUUCUGAAGAGACAUUUCUCUGUAGCAGUGCAAUGAACAUACAGUAUAGUGCCCUAAGCUUCACUGAAGGAGUUGAUUUGUAUUGAAACUGUGAUUUUUAUUUUUAUUUUUUUUUCUGUGCAAGAUUAUUAUUAUAGCUACGCAAAUGCUGCUUUUACCUCAAGCCGCAAAUAGACUGCUACGUCCUCAUCAGCCAAAACUGAAGGAACAUGGUGUCUCGCUGAUUGAGUCAAGCACAACAGGUACAUCAGUCAGCUCGGUAGCACCUUACAUACGUGGAUCCCUCCGUUUGAUAAGCACCUUCUUGUUAUAGAUGCUUUUACUACCUCCACAGGCAAGAAUUUGGAAACCUGUAACAAAAAAAAUCCCCUAACAAAAAGUCGUCAGUCACAGAUUAUCAGAGGAUUUUCACACGGACAGAACAAAGACUGUGGGAACAGUGCAAUAUUUCACAUUGAAAUACAAAGGAAGAACGGGGCUCUACAUAGGAUGGUCAAAAUGUACAUUUGCCUGAGGUUUUUUUGUGAUAUUACUUUUAAUAUGUCUGUUUGCUGUGCUAGCUAGCUGACUAGAACAGGUACUAGUUCUGUAACAUAAUAACAUGAAACUGUAGAAAACGAGCGGAAAGGCAUUUCAAAGUGCUGUUUCUCCACACAGCAUGCUUGUAGUUCUUUAAAUGAAAGGAAGAAUUUGGGUUUUACCAAAGAGCGAAACAGCACAAGAGAUGGGUGAUCUAUCACAGAUACACACUACUGACUUUUCACUUUGAAUGCUGUCUCAAAAUGUAGCACGGUGGUCAGCAAGCAUAUUUCACAUGAUCUCAUGAGCUUCUGCCGUGAGACAAAACUCCCGCUGCCACCAAAUCCCGAUGCUACACGUGUUGUUAAUAUCUCUAGCUUUUACUAUCAGGACCAUGGUGGUAUUCAUUUUUGUACUUUUCUAGAAAAGAAGAAAAAAGAAAACAAAAAAAAAAAAAAUUCAGAACAUAGCAAUACCAUUUUGUGCUGGAAGUUGAACUCUCUUCAGUUGUCCAUAAGUGGCUAGAAAUAGAAAUGAUCUGCAACAAGCUGAUUUAUUCGUGCAGUCAGACAACGUAUUAGAAAGCUGCAAGAGAUGUGUACUAUUGUAGUUAGUCCUCUCAUAUCUGUGAAACAACUCGUAGAAGAGCAGUGUUUUUCCAAACCCAGUUCUGCGUUGGAAACUUGCAGUGUUGAUAUUUCUAUCCAAACAGUUUUUGGUUGAUUGCACUCACUACCAACACUUGUGCCUUUGAACAAACCCGCGAUCAGAGGUCUCCAUCUCCGAUCGCUACACUGAAGAAAGAAAGAUGAACUGCUCCAUUACUGGCCCUUUUGAUAUCUUCUCUGACCUCUCUCUCGUCUCUAAAUCUGACCUUUGAACUUGCUGCGAAAACAGAAGAAAGAAUUGCACUUUAUUAUUUUAUUUUUUGUUUCUCAUGAUGAAAAAAACUUCACAAAAUUAUUAUUGAAACACUAAGACUCUCGAUGCAAAUCUCUAAGAUUACCCUUUUUGAUAAACUUUGGAUAAUAAGAAGUAUUUCAUUUUCUUUUCUUCUGAUUUGUUACUUGACUGUGUGAGCAUGUGCAUGUCUGUGUGUGUGAGAGUGCGUGUGUGAGUGUGUGUGGAGGGAGGAAGAGACGUUAAAGGAGAGAGAAUGUUAGUUCAAGAAAGAUUGUUUAUUUAUGUGGCUAUUUAUUUAAAUAAAGUUCACUUCCUAAA